GAUAAACGCUCACAUGUGAUGCCGAGCCUCCAUGAUUGAAAGAAUUGAAAUCCAAUGAAUGAAAGGGGCGGGGACAGAGAUGUCAGGAAAUGAAGGAGGGGAGCAAGUACAAAUAUGCAAGAUUGGAGGGAGGAGCUGAUACAUCUGUGAAAGAAUGGAGGGGAGGAGCCGGUACACCUGUGAAAGACUGGAGGGGAGGAGCUGAUACACCUGUGAAAGACUGGAGGGGAGGAGCUGAUACACCUGUGCAAGAUUGGAGCAGAGGAGCUGAUACACCUGUGCAAGACUGAGAGGAGGAGCCGGUACACCUGUGCAAGACUGAGAGGAGGAGCCGGUACACCUGUGCAAGACUGAAGGGGAGGAGCCGGUACACCUGUGCAAGACUGAAGGGGAGGAGCCGGUACACCUGUGCAAGACUGAAGGG